GGCCGUGAUAUUCCAGGACGUUCUCAGCUGGAACAGAUGAGGGACGCUUCGAAUGAAGCAGGCGUUCGACUCAUUUUAGUGAACAGUUAUGAUCUCAACAAAAAUGAGAGGAUUUACCUUCUGAAUGGCUCUAACUUUUGAAACCCUGCAUCUCUCUCAGCUAUGAGUUAAUUCCGCUCCACCCUGGGGGUUCCUUGCAGGAUGACUGCCGUCUGCCCUGCUGAGAGUACCCCAGAUGGGGCUGAUCCCGGGGCGGGGACAGCCGCGGGCUCCAAAGGGUCAGGGGCAGCAGGUACCUCAGGGACCGGCUCGGUUUCAGGGGCAGAGACUGUGGAGUCUGCCGGGGAAUCGAUCGGCGGCUCCAUCGGAGGAACAGUUGUGGGCACCAGCCAGAGGUACUUCCGCUCGUCCCGCCAGGACAGCUCCGACAUCAACACAGAUGACGAGGGCGCCACUGUUCGCCGCCUCACUCCUCUCGAAAGGCUGAACCUGGAUAUGUGCCAGGACGAUAGGGUGGUCCGAGAACUCACGGUCGGAAGGAGGAUCGGCUUCUACAAAAUCCGUGGAGAGAUUGGCUGUGGCAAUUUCUCCCAUGUCAAAUUAGGAAUUCAUGCGCUCACCAAAGACAAAGUGGCCAUUAAGAUCUUAGACAAAACCAAGUUGGAUCAGAAGACCCAGAGGCUGCUGUCCAGAGAGAUUUCCAGCAUGGAGAAAUUGCAUCACCCCAACAUCAUCCGCCUCUAUGAGGUUGUGGAGACUCUGUCACGGUUACACCUGGUGAUGGAGUACGCUGGAGGAGGGGAGCUCUACACCAAGAUUACUACAGAAGGGAAACUUUCUGACACUGAUUGCAAGAUUGUCUUCGCUCAGAUCCUCUCUGCUGUCAAACACAUGCAUGAAAACAACAUCAUCCAUCGUGACUUGAAGGCGGAAAAUGUCUUCUACACCAGUAGCUCUUGCGUCAAAGUGGGGGACUUUGGCUUCAGCACACUGAGCCGUCGUGACGAGACGCUCAACACGUUCUGCGGUUCCCCGCCUUACGCCGCGCCCGAACUCUUUCGGGACGAGCAUUACGUCGGCGUCUUUGUGGACAUCUGGGCCUUGGGGGUGAUGCUGUUCUUCAUGGUGUCGGGCACCAUGCCGUUCAGGGCGGACACUGUCGCCAAACUGAAGCGAUGCAUCAUGGAGGGGGCCUACGUUCUGCCCACCUGGAUACCUGACGCAUGCCAAAGGCUGAUCAGGGGGAUUCUGCAGCCGAUACCGACUGACCGCUGCACAGUGGAGCAGAUGAUGGGCUGCGAGUGGCUGCUCCCCGUCGACUUCCCUUGUGCCAUGGAGCCAUUUAAACUUGACCCAUCACACCUGGCAGAGAAUGAACCGUCUGAACUCCCGGAGGAGGAGAUAGAAGUGAAAGCAGCUCUGGAGACUCUGGGAAUCACCUCGGAACACAUCCUGAAUAACCAGGGCAAGGACUGCAGGAGCUCCAUCACUGGAGUGUAUCGGAUCCUGCUACAUCGUGCUCACAGGAAGCGGGUUGUUGAGAGCAUACCCGCCAUCACACAGGCAGUUGGACCAACCACCAAAAGUAAAAAGGAGCGACUAAAAGUGUACAGAAGUUUACGGCACACUUCUAAACUCUGUGUGAUUCUGUGACAAAAUGCCCCACUUCACACUGGAUUAGAUAGACUUUAACUCUUAAUACCUUCAUUCAUAUUCUGGGAUGAGACUGCAUGAAUUACAGUAGAUCUUCUAGGAAAAAAGUGCUUUUCAACCCAGCAGUAUGAAUUAAAAUUAUGCUAAGUACUGUAACUGCACUCAGCUGUUAAAAAAACAGACAUUUUUGACUUUACUACAUGAACGUCAAACUCAUUUUUGGCCACAUAUGUGGUCAUUUUUGAUUUCAAGUGGGCUGAACCAGUAAAAUAUUGAAAUAUAUAGUGACCUUUAAGGAAAGACAAUAUUUUCCCUUUAACUUAAAGUGGGACGGAGUACGAUUGAAUUCUGAAAAAGUCUACAUUUGAUACCUUUUUACCUCUCGGUUGGCAGUGAGGUAACUUUCUGCCUCUCUGAUCUCUCACUCUCUUGCAAUGCUGGCAGCUAUACAGUGUGUGGGUUUGACCGCCCCAGAGGAACGAUGGGCAAUAUCUUUGAUGGGUAAUUAAAAUCUGUGGUCUGUA